GGCCAAGACGCGCCGAGUUCCUCGACGGGCUCAGACCAGACCUCGACGACCACGCCCUUGCCGCCACCUCGAUACCAAUCGAGUGUGGACUUCAAUAGCAGCUUCGAGUCGCGCAAGCGCAAGUCUCCGGAGAAGCUCUGCGCGCCGGAUUCAGCGGAUGGACCGCCGGUCAAGGCGAGAGGCAAUGACACAGGGAAUCGGUUCACCGCGGCAGAGAUGAGGUAUAUGCUUGCUGGAGUGGAGCUGAUCCGGCUGCUGGAGCACGAUCCGAUCCUGCGUUUCAUCAAGCCCAACGCGACCAAGUUCACGGGUCCUUUCCGGGUGCCGGACUUUGAAAUGCUCACGAACGUCACGCGAGCCGCAGGGACACUCUUCGAGAUGUUGCACGAAUCAGGCUUCAGCUUGGGCAUCACCGAGAGGACGGGGGUGUAUGACUGGGACGUCGAGUCGUGGACACGUACGAUCCGCGGCGUCUUGGGACCGUUGACGGUCCUGGUCGGAUCCAUCCAACGCAAGGUGACUCCGCCUGGGACGGGCCCAAUCGCAACGCAGAUGAUAACUUCGUCCCAGGCUGAGUCGAGCGUGCAUUCCACGUCGAGGUCCAAACCCCGACGCGACGUAGAUGGCGAACCCACCGAUUUGUUUGACGUGGACUUCGGGAUGCCGAAAACCACGGCCGCGACCUCAACCACGACUUCACCGGAACCGGACGAGGUUUUCAACCAUCUGAGCGAGCCGCCGCGCGCUACGCCCCGUGAGGUCACGCCAGCGCGUAUCAAGGUUCUGCCGGAUCUGAAGGAAGCAAUUCCUAAGGCGCUGGGAGAGGCGAGUACGCGCUCUACGAUAACUCAGGCGUCGAAUACCCAUGUCUCUGCGGUUCAUGUCGAGCCAAGAAACUCGACGCGAAAAAACUUGACGCAGAAAAUGUCGGCGCGGGACGCGUCGAAGGAGAUGCGCCAGCAAGGACUUGGUAAUCACGCCGUGAUGUCCGUCGCAGUGCCGGUUGCGACGACAUCCAGGCGACCGUUGGGCACGGCGCGGGCCUCUACGACUCCCGAGCAAUCGCGUUACAACGCACGAGUGCGGCCGGUCUCACUCGACGCGCUUAAGCAACUCGACCCAGGGCAAACACUCGACGUCCGCCUGCGUUCCAGCCGAGAUGCACCGCGCCUGUGGGUCACGCGCAGAACAACGUGGGUUACAACCAUGUUUAAGACUAAGAUCGAGCGACAAACAUACCUGCGGGUGACCAACGUCACGGACGAGACAAUAACGCUCGACGCAGGCACGAACGUGGGUUGGUGGGCACCCUCCGAUGUGUUUCCGCCUGCGCCCCGCUUCGUGCUGGCGACUAAUCGACAGUACCAAGAUUGGCAAAACCUUGCGUAUGAAGUGACCUGCGACGAGGACGAGACCUGGCGUGAAGACGAGCUCGUCUGGCCCAUGUAUGGAUGGCCGACGUACGAAGAUCUGGAAUUCGACGCGCGUCGAGCGGUGGAGACGUCGUCGGUGAGCAAGUUGCAGACGCGUGGCCACUCGACGCUGUCGCGCGUGGUGUUGAAGACACGGGUCGACGUAGUAACGACGUGUGUACUGUCGGACCACGGGUCGCAGAGAAGCGACAAUGCGGGGCGCCCAGUUGAAGCGUCGCGAGUCGAACAACCCGUCGAAGGUGCGUCGGGCGACGAAGCGCGAGGCGCGCCGUCCAGCGGAAGGUCGCAGCAAUGCGACGGGGUGAGACAGUCGAGCGAACGCGCGCAAGUUGCAAAAUCCAACAGGGACAAGUGCGACAGUGUGAGAUGUGAGGGAUGGAACGUCUCGGAACCGUCCCAGAAGCAGUCCCAGAAGUGCGACACCGUGAGAUGGACCGAAUGUGACACCGUGCGACAGUCGAGCGAAGGGUCGAGGGGACGCGACGACGUGAGACUGACCGAAUGUGACACUAUGCGACGGUCAGUAGCGAGGUCUCAGACCUGCGACGGAAUGCGACUUGGGGACAAAGCUGGAAAGUGGCGUCUUUGGCGACAUUCCGCCCUCGAGCCCGUGAAGAACAAGCCGAAUGUGAACUUCGACGUGGUCGACGAGGGGCCUGACGGUGGCAGGACUGGAGGACCACCGGGGUCUGCACCAAAAGAGAGGCACCGCGCCAUAAACCUAGAUCGAUUGGUCAACCCUGAGCAAGAUGCUGGUCCGAAUUGCGCGAUGUAUCGAAGUGGCGGGUACGCCGCGGCGGGGCGAGUGGUGCGAUUUCCUGUGGACAAGCCCGAAUGCCACGGCGCGCCACCUGGAGGAUUGCUGGCGAAGGUACCAGCUGUCACUCGACGGGUGUCCAGUGAACUCAAUAAGUCUGCGGUCCUGAAGAUGGCGGGCAAGGCGGGCGACGAGCCACGCAGCCUGCAGCUACACCGACUUCGAAUCUGUGACGCACUACACGUACAACCGCGUUACGGCGUACGUCGAGGCGGGAACACGGGGCCCGACGCACUUGUUGGAUGCGUACGACGAGAUCAAGAAGACAGCGCGACGAAUAACUCGUCGCAGAUCCGGUGCGCGGAGACGAUGCACCGCCGAGAGGUCACCGGGGAAUCGGAUCCUGGGGAACGCGGUCAACGCUCCGCGGCGGCCGGUUGCACUGGCGCGAUGCACAGGGCGAAGGACGGUGCCGACUCGGCGAAGACUCAGGUGGGGGUCAUCCAGCCUACUACAGCGCAGAACGCGUCGAGCCCGAGCGCGACCAGGAUGUCAGAAGUUCUAAAUCGCGUGACGGACAGUCACGCGAACGUGAGACGCGGGGCGAUGGGAAGUGGCCCCAACGCGGCGAGAGCGCAGGCAGUUGGCAUCCAAUCUGCUGCAGCGCGGACCGCGUGGAGCCUGAGCGCGACGAGGAUGCCAGAAGUUCUACAUUGCGCGAUGGACAGUCACGCGGAGGCGAGACGCGGGGCGAUGGACAGUGGCCUCGGCGCGGCUAGGAUGCAGGCGGCCGGCAACGAGCCUGCUGCAACGAGGAACGCGUCGAGCCCGAUCAGGAGGCCUGUUGCAGUGUCGAAAUACGUGGAGGGUCCAACGUCAGUACAGCCCUCAGAGUGCGACGACGCGAUAAACAGAAACCCACCUUGCGUCAAGGCUGAUUGGGAAUUCGAGGUUGCGAGGAGCGUGUCGGACGCCGCGAGUGACUCGUCGCGCGACGGAACAGAGUCGACGCGCCGAGGGAUAUGCAUCCUUCAGAACUGCCGACUCGCGCAGGUGAACGUGCUAGUAGUCGGCCAAGCCGGGGACGACGCAGAUCGGACCCGGGGCGACGUCGCGGCGAUGAACAGGGCUGGAAAUGGGAUCUGCCUACGGGCUAGAGCUCAUGCUCGACGCUGUGCCGCGAGACCCCCGUUUGUGAGCACGUACGCUGUACGUCUUGAGACGGGCUGCACGCCUUGUCAAUUUUCGGUCAAGGACGUUUCCAAGUUGAGGCCUGUGUGCGCUAUGAUCAAUGGGGCGGCCCCGUCGAACGAGCCCGCCGACUGCAGCGACGAGAUGCCGCUAGAAGCGAGCCGGGACACUAGCACUGUAAAGAGCGACGGCGUUGCGUACUCGAAGGUCAGGGACAAGCACGCCGAGACGGUUCGCGUCGUGAUCCGCGGUGUACGUCAAGGGUGA